CUUUUAGAAAACAACUGCAUAUUUGGCAGGCACAGCACGACGAUUCUCUUACGAGGAUAGCAUAUGAAUACUUCCUUCACACUAUGUUUAUAUGGAUCCUAAUUCUAAUCACUGCUUCCUUGAGCGAUGCAGUUUCACUACGUCUUGUUCGCAUCGCAUGCGAACGCGACCCUACUCUGCACUUCUGCGAUUCACAUAUAUUAGGUGACCCAGUCACUUCCACUAAAAAACCGGUUGAAUCGACGACACUUUUUGUUCGGACAAAUGGCAAAGUGCCUGGAUUGAAUAGCGAGGAACAAGAACAGUUUUUCACGUGGCUUACCGAUUUCAGGGACGAGGUGGUGGUGGCAGAUCCUGAGAUCGACACAGAAGAGCUUGAAACUCAACAUCGCCAACACAAGAAUAGGGCCGUGUACUGUAACAAGUACAGGGCCAACUUUGAUCACUACUGCAAAGAUAGUGAUGUGGAGAAACUGGAAGGUGUGCUACCUCAGUUUUGCUCUAUGUACGGACGCCAUUGUGGAAUUGACGAAGAUGACUUCCCCACUCCUGCUCCAUUGCUCGGAUCGAAACAGCAAAUCAAAGCAGAAAUAGCUCCGAUUGCACAAGCGGCUGCUACAGAUUCACCUGACGACUACUGCAAAAAAUUCGCAGAUCAAUACGGACAGUUAUGCGGCGCUUCGAAAUCUGGCUCGGAGGAUUUCUGCAAAUCUUAUAAGAAAGCUUGUGAAAAAUCUGACAAAUCUUCUAGCCCACCUGAAGAGUCUUCCACAUCUUCUAACCCACCUGAAAAAUCUUCUAACUCAUCAUCACCCGGUGAGAGUAGCUCAGCGUCCAAGGAAAUUGACGAGCUUGAACCACCUCCUGAGAAUGAAGCAGGUGGCAAAGCACCGCCAACAACGAAGGAACCAAUGCGUGAUGCAGCAAAGAGUGCUAAAUUAGCGAGAUACUGCGACAAGUACUGGGACAACUUCAAUUAUUUUUGUGCCGGUGAGAACUCGGAAGAGCACGAAAACUUCUGCCAUUCGUAUCGCACCAACUGUCCAGAGAAAGGGGAUUCGGAAGAUGCAGAAGAUGAUGGCGAGGGUGGCAUAGGUGGCCUAGGUGGCGGAGACGACGAUGACGAAGGUGGAGGCCGUUCGAGCAGCAAUCCUUCGCUCUAUCACUUCAAGGGAACGCGCAAAGGAUACUGCGACAAAUUUUCCGUCAACUACGAGUACUACUGCAGAGGGGAGAGCGAUAACCCGAAAAUCACAGCGAAGUUCUGCCCUUCGUACAAGAAAGCUUGCAAGGAUCAACCGCCAGUCCCCGCAAAUCCAUUCACAAAAGCAGAAAGUGGUGCAGCUCCAGAAGAUGGUCCGAACUCAGCCAACUUUCCUGACCUAGAAAAUCCUGGAAAAACGUCGAAGAUACAUUCGAAGGUGAAAAAAGCGGAGAAACUGCGGCCUUGUACGGCCGAUUGCGACAGACGAUUAUUUCCACACUGUACUGAUUCGUGCAAAUGUGACUAUGCCUUUCCAGCUGUGCAGAGGUUCUGCAACCCGCCACCGUUGCCUUUUUUCCUGAACACUUGCAGGUUGUGGUAUUCCGGAUGUCCUAAAUACGAGCAGUACCACUAUGCCUCCCAAUUUAUUUACUCCAAAGCGGAGAAGGGAAAGAAAGUCGAACUGCCGCAGAGCUCCAAGCCGUUCAGCGUUCUUUCACCUAACGGCGAGCGAAUUCCAGUUGUUGUUAAACAACCUGGAGGUGGCAACGUGGCCAGGGAUGAGACACCUUCCGAUACGGUAAGGUGGGAUUCUCCAAUCUCUUUGGACCCAGAGGAUUUUGAACCCGUUCACGAGCGCAAAUCCAAGAAUGCCACAACAGUACAGCAAGCUAGUGCCUCACUUACCAACAAUCAUAACGACAAAGUUGAAUGGUACACGAAAGAAAAUGAGAAUGUCGAGUGGUACACGAAAGAAAACCAAACCCUAAAAGACGAUCCUGGUAAAGGCGCGACACCUACGGAACGGGAGAAAGACGUACCAAUCGUACCAAGUGACAGUGUGUUCUCAAACGCCCUCCAGCAGUAUGGUUCCUUCACUGAUACAAGGGGUAUCCUGCACAGACCUCGCAGCAGAUCGCCCUUCACAAAGCCAGGUCUAUGGGAAGCAAAUCCGGACAAUCCGCACAACAGAGAUCACGCAAACAAGUGGUACUACGCCCCACGAUCUGUCAACGUGGAUUGGCUCAGCGGACAGCUCGCUUGGGGUGCCCAUUGGGCCGUUCCGGCUGCUUCCGUCGGAGGAACUGAUGGUUUCAGUGCAGUGCACUUCCCAACCAUAGGAACAUUCGCCAACAUUCCAGACGAUUACGACUAA